GAUUGCAGUGGUCUAGCGUCACAUGCCUUGUUUUGGGAAAGAUGGCUGAGGAAGGCAAAGAGUCGGACGCGACAGCUGGCGAGUGCGACAGGAGCGAGGACGAUGCACAGGCGCUGGAAGGUGCAUCAGAAAGCAAAACCUCCAGCGACGAAGAAGGAGUCAAGGACAAGCAGACACCGAACAGUACCUGGUCAGCGCCCAUUCUGUCGCUGGCCCGGAAAGCUUCCGAGACCCUGAGCAGCGGGGUCAGCUACGGGACCGCUUUGAGAAACGCCACUUCGGUUUCCGUGGGCUUACCGACCAAGCAGACUACCGAGGAUGAUGACGGCACCGUCGGCAACCUUCCAGCCUCGGGGAAGGACCCGAUGGCGGUGGAGCGGUCCAAUCUGCUGAGCAUGAUGAAGCUGAGCGUCAAGGUUCUGAUCCAGUCGUCGCUGAGCCUGGGCCGCUCGCUGGACUCGGAAUACCCGCCUCUCCAGCAGUUCUUCGUGGUUCUGGAACAUUGCCUGAAGCACGGGCUCAAAGUUAGGAAAUCCUUCAUAGGGCAGAGUAAGUCCAUUUGGGGACCUCUGGAGCUUGUGGAGAAGCUGUGCCCUGAAUCAUCCAACAUCGCCACCAGCGCACGGGACCUCCCAGGGAUCAAGACCGGGCUGGGGAGGGGCCGGGCGUGGCUACACCUGGCCCUCAUGCAGAAGAAGGUGGCCGACUACCUGAAAACCCUCCUGGACAGACGGGACCUGCUCAGUGAGUUCUACGAGCCGGGGGCGCUCAUGAUGCAGGAGGAAGGGACCGUGAUCGUGGGGAUGCUGGUGGGGCUCAACGUCAUCGACGCCAACCUGUGCGUGAAGGGGGAGGACCUGGACUCCCAGGUGGGCGUCAUCGACUUCUCCCUCUACCUGAAGGACCCCCAGGGCACCGAGACCCAGAAGGAUGACGGGAAGAUGACCGCCAUUCUGGAUCAGAAGCACUACAUCGAGGAGCUGAACAGACACCUGAGCUGUACGGUGACAGACCUGCAAGCUAAGAUGGACUCUCUAGAAAAGACAAACUCUAAGCUGGUAGAGGAGCUGACUGCAGCGACAGACCGGAUUAACUCUCUGCGGGAGGAGCAGGAUCAGCUUAAACAGGAGAACAUGACCAUCCUACAGUGCAGCAAGAAGAAGGAGGAGGUGUCUCGGCAGGACAGCGAGGUGGAGUUGGAGACGUACAGGCAGUCCCGGCAGGGUCUGGACGAGAUGUAUAACGAGGUGUGGAAGCAGUACAAGGAGGAGAAACGCAUUCGACAGGAGCUGGAGAAGGAGCUGGAGCUGCAGGUGGGGUUAAAGCAGGAGAUGGAGGUGGCCAUGAAGCUGCUGGAGAAGGACACGCACGAGAAGCAGGACACCCUGGGCGCUCUCCGCCUGCAGCUCGACCAGGUCAAGACCCUCAACCUGCAGAUGUUCCACAAAGCACAGGAUACGAGCCGCGUUGUGCAGAAGAAGGAGGAGGAGGCCGCUCAGCUGGAGGAGAAGAUGAACCAGAUGUCUCAGACCAUGAAGGAGCUGGAGGACAGGAUGCAGAGCUCGGAGCAGACGCGCAGGCAGGCCCUGGCCCAGGAGCAGGAGGCCAGGCAGGAGCUGCAGGGGAGAGUGGACUCACUGCAGAGGCAGCUGAGCGAGCUGGACACCCUGAGGCUGGGGCUGGAGUCGGACCUGCGCAGCGAGAAGGAGCAGAGGCAGCGCAUGCAGCGGGAGCUGCAGCGGGAGCAGGACAACAGCGCAGAACUGCGCACGCAGCUGCAACAGCUGCAGGGUCUGCAGAAGGAGCUGCAGGAGCUGCAGCAGGAGAAGAAGCAGCUGCAGACGACGUGUGAGGAGCAGGAGCAGGCUCUGCAGGAGAUGGGUCUGCACCUCAGCCAGUCCAAGCUGAAGAUGGAGGACUUCAAGGAAGUCAACAAGGCGCUGAAGGGCCACGCCUGGCUGAAGGAUGACGAGGCCACUCAGUGUAAGCAGUGCCAGAAGGAGUUCUCCAUUGCUCGGAGGAAGCAUCACUGCCGGAACUGCGGAGACAUCUACUGCAGCAGCUGCUCCAGUAACGAGCUGGCCCUGCCCUCGUACCCGCGACCCGUCCGCGUCUGCGACACCUGCCACUCUCUGCUGCUGCAGAGGAGCUCGUCCACCGCGUCCUGACCUCACACUCUCAUACACUAAUCUACACACACUUUUAUACACACACACAUAAACAGUUAUACACACAGACUUACAUACACACACACACAAACACUUAUACACACACGUACACUUAUAUGCACACACACACACACUUUUAUACAUGCACAGACAUGUGCAGACACAGCCAUAUGCAUUUGGACACACACACACGCACCUGAACACAAAACCGCAGACAGAAUGUCACACACACACACACACACACACACUCAGCCUCCCUCACACCUGCGUAAAUACACUCACUCUUCAGGACUGACGUCAGUCUCGGAGGUCAGAUAAAGGGAUGCUUUUUUUCAUACAGCUUGUUUAAAAUCACUCACAAACCAUGGGGUCCAGUUUCAGUAGCAUUGCAGUGGUCGGGGUGUAAGCCGGGGGUCGGGGUGCUUGGGGUACCUGCAUUUUGUUUUGGGGAUCAUGCUGAAUGAUUAGGUGGAACAUGGUUAUGUUAUCUGUCUCAUAGCAGAGACUUGGGUUCUGAUCUAUUUGGGCUGGCUGUCUAUGAACAGCUGGUCAGUUUGAAUGCACUAAACCGGUAUGAAAUAUUGAAAUAUCAAUUAUGCACAGCAGACGUCAGGAUGCUCAAAUGUAGUUUUCCUCUGAACAGCUCCUCACAGAGUUCCGAAUGUGCUAGCAAAAUCAGAUUUGAGAAGCUGAAGAAGUCCAAUUUCAUGUUUGUCACAAUGUAGUCUCUGUGCCUUCACAAAGUUAGUCUGUAUCAGAAAUUAACUUUUUUUUUUAAAUUCAGUUUUCAAAAAAAAAAAGAAAAAAGGACACUAAGCAUUUCAGUGAAACUUACUGGCCCUGACUUGCGUUGUCCACUUUAGUGAUCAUGUAGUUUUUUUAGAACACAAAACUGGCCCUUGUCCCUGCUCUUUAAAUGUUGUGUUGCUUUUCCCUGGCUGUAGAGCUGAUCCAGUUCUCUCCCACACUUCAGAACCCAGUUUGGAUAAAUAAACCUUCUGGACGGUCCUGGAGUUCAGAUGCUUUUCAUCAGACAACUUCAGAUAAAUUACCCAGAAGCACCUGAGUGUGGGACAGCUGAUUACUGUAGCAACCCAGAAAUUCAUUUAAUAAAAAAUCAUAACCAGUAUGGCAUCCUCAGAGGAAAUAUUUGUACAUUACCAGGUAAAUGUUAUAGAAUGUUGUCAGAAUAAAAAUGAAUAUAGAUCUAUGUAAAAUUAAUUUCAGAUUUAUCUGGUGAAUUGUGAAGCCAGGCUGAACUAAUUUAGCGAAUACUAAUCAAUGCCGUUUUUAUGAACCAAUGGGCACGCUUUACCACUUUUCUAUUCACGCAUUUUAUAUAUAGGAAGAACCUGUGCAGAAUUUAAUAAAGUCUUUCUGAUUGUUUCUCAAAA